AUGUCCGAAAUUCAAAGAUGGACGGUCAAUGAGCCCUAUCUCGACAUAGCGGGAACGCUGCUCGAGGGUCCUUUCCACGAUGCCGCCACCAACGAGUUCCGCUUCGUCGACAUCUGGGACCACAAACUUUAUCGGCUCGAUCUAGCCAAAGGCCCUGACUCGUUGAGGGUCAUCGACACGGACGCGGCAAUCGGCGUCACCGCCAACAUCGCGGACGAGGCCGAGAAGGAUCAGCUGAUUGUCGGGGCCCAGCAUGGAUUUGCCCGGCUGGACCAGACCACUGGGAAACUCUCCUACAUCGCCCAGCCCUGGGAGAAGGAUGCGUCCAAGCAAAAGUUGGCUGGACCUGGUGCUGGACAGCGGAGGUUCCUGCUCGAGACUUCAAUUGGUGGCUCCGAUUCCAUUACUGUAGCCCCAAUAUAUCGACCGGCAGGAGACCAACGCCAGAGACCCAGCGCCCCACAAAUUCCAGCACCAGCUUCACGGCCCUUUUCCCGUCCACCCGCUCACAAACAUGCCCGUCAUAGAAUGCGCUUCAACGACGGCGCCGUCGACAGCCACGGCCGCUUCUGGGCUGGCACCAUGAACGACCCCAAGGUCCAGUCGCCCCAGCCCGAGGGCAUCCUCUUCCGUCUCGACCCUGAUCUCACGCUGCACGAGAUGCUGGCCCCAGUAACUAUUCCCAACGGAAUGGGCUGGAACGCCGCCGACGACACCAUGUACUGGACCGACUCGCCGACUGGCAAGAUCUUCGCCUUUGACUUUGACGCCGCCACCGGGGCUAUCAGCAACCGCCGCGUCUUCAUUGAUCUUGGCGAGCCGCUCGAACCAGAUGGCUUUGCUAUUGAUGUCGAAGGCUGCCUGUGGAGUGCCAUCUAUGGUGGCGGUAAGGUGCUGCGGAUUUCGCCAGAGGGCCGUGUUAUCGGUCAGAUUGAUCUGCCUACGAGGAACCCGACGUGUCCGGCAUUCGUGGGUACGGAGUUGUUCAUUACUUCGGCCAAGGAUGAUCGCGAUGAUGAGAAGUUCCCGCAGUCGGUGCGGUAUGGAGGGCGGCUGUUUAGAGUCGACGUUGGCGUUCGGGGACAGCCGAAGAAUGACUUUCGGUUUCAGAAGUGA